GUGUCCCAUGAGUUUGCCAUUAACUUCAAUCCCACAAACCCCUUCUGUUCAGGUGUGGAGGGCAUCGUCCAAGCGUACUCGGCCUGCCUGCCCCACAUCCGCUUCUAUGGACCCACCAACUUCUCGCCCAUCGUCAACCACGUGGCUCGCUUCGCGGCUCAGGCCACCCAACAGCAGACCGCGUCCCAAUACUUCAUCCUUCUCAUCAUCACGGACGGCGUGAUCAGCGACAUGGAUGAGACGCGACACGCCGUGGUGCAGGCGUCCAAGCUGCCCAUGUCCAUCAUCAUCGUCGGCGGGGGCAACGCCGACUUCGCCGCCAUGGAGUUCCUGGACGGCGACAGCCGCGUGCUGCGCUCCUACACGGGCGAGGAGGCCGUGCGCGACAUCGUCCAGUUCGUGCCCUUCCGGGAUUUUCGCAACGCCCCCAAGGAGACGCUGGCCAAAGCCGUGCUGGCCGAGCUGCCCCAGCAAGUCGUGCAGUACUUCAAGCACCAAAACCUGCCGCCCAUCAACUCGGAGCCCGCGUAGGGGCUGCGCCCUCUGCAUGUCGCCGGAGCCUGCCGGUCCUACCGAAAGUGCAUGUUCCACAUGCUUUUAAGAGAAGAGUUCCCUCCCUGAAACACUUUGUACUUCUUAAUUUAAUUGCUAAGUUCUUACAAGUCAUCCCAGAGAAAGCGUCUGGAUCCGUUUUGUACAGCCCCAGGUAACACUACGCGGCCAGGCCGUGCCCUGCUCCCGCUCCCUUGAGUCCCUUUUCGGUAUUGAAUGUACUUUGUAUAAUUUCAGUGGAACAGGAUACGAAUUUUUACAAUCGAAACGUGCUUUUU